CAAUCAGAUUGCAGCAUUUGCUGCUGUGGUUGCUUGCAAACCAUCAUGAUUUUACACGACCGGACAGACGGUUUAGGAUGUUGUCCGUGUUAGGACUGGUACGGACACUGGACACUACCAUGAGAUGACCAUAGAUUAUGUGAAACAUGGGAGCUAUAUGGACAAAAAUCUUCAGAAAUAAGGAGGUCCGGGUGUUAUUACUAGGUUUGGAUGCUGUAGGGAAGACAACACUGCUGUACCGACUAAAACUGGGAGAGUUCAACCUGGUAAUCCCAACAAUAGGGUUCAAUGUGGAGAGUAUUCAAUACAAAGAUAUUAAUUUCACUGCCUGGGAUAUAGGCAGUCGUGACAAGAUGAGGCCACUGUUCCGUCACUACUACAAGGGGACAGAGGCCGUCGUCAUAGUUAUCGACAGUCAUGACAAGGAACGACUGGACGAGCUAAACCAUGACGUCAUCAAACCAGCCUUACAGGCGGAGGAACUCUCCAGCGCAUGUUUUCUCUUCCUCGCCAACAAGUGUGACAUGGAGCCGCACAUGUCAUCCGAGGAAAUACAUGAUCGUCUGGGACUACGACAGCUCAAACACACAUGGAAUCUUUUCCACGUAAGUGCCUUACGAGGAGACGGAUUGACCGAGGCUUUAGAUUGGCUAGCCUUUCAGCUCGGAUCAGAGGAAAUUCGGAAAAGUGUCACUCCAGAGAGUGAGGAUAAAAUGGACAAGGCAUUGAGUGGUCUCCCUUACUGUAGUCGGGCCUAUACAGCUAUCAAAUGUCUGUUCUUUAGGCCAACCCGCCAGGACAGACAGGACGAGGGACGAUAAAGCUGUAUCAUACACAAAUUAUAUAAACAAUCAACCAAAACUGAAACAGAUCUCAUCUGUGUUAUGUGGUAACGUUCUCAUAGAGUAACCUAGAAUGAUUGUGAUAGUUCGACGUCCAGGAGUGAGUUAUGAUGCUCAUGUCAUAAUCACGACAACGUACAUGACGUCAUAGACUUGGAAAUAGUGACGUCACAAAUGCGCAUAUGGAAAAUAAGUAUAUUUUGCACUAACUUUGCUUUAAGGAGUUAACACUGCUAACCAAAUGUAUGAAUGCUUGAAUGUUGCUGAGGGGGGGCUCAUGUUUGUUGUGUUUAAUGAGAGUGAUCCUCGUCAUAUUUACAUGUGUAUCACAAAGAAAACAAGCGU